AUGGGGCAGCAGUUCAGCUGGGAGGAGGCGGAGGCCGCCGGGGAGAUGGAUGUGGCGGAGCUGCAGGAAUGGUACAAGAAGUUCGUGGUGGAGUGUCCCAGUGGGACCCUCUUCAUGCACGAGUUUAAGCGCUUCUUCAAGGUCACCGGCAACGAGGAGGCCACCCAGUAUGUGGAGGGCAUGUUCCGAGCCUUUGACAAGAACGGGGACAACACCAUUGACUUCCUGGAGUAUGUAGCAGCCCUGAACCUCGUUCUGAGGGGCACCCUGGAACACAAGCUCAAGUGGACCUUCAAGAUCUACGACAAGGACCGCAAUGGCUGCAUCGACCGCCUGGAGCUACUGGACAUUGUGGAGGCAAUUUACAAGCUGAAGAAAGCCUGCCGGGCGGAGCUGGACCUGGAGCAGCAGGGCCAGCUGCUCACACCUGAAGAGGUGGUGGAUAGGAUCUUCCUCCUGGUGGACGAGAAUGGAGAUGGCCAGCUGUCCCUGACCGAGUUCGUUGAAGGCGCCCGUCGAGACAAGUGGGUGAUGAAGAUGCUACAGAUGGAUGUCAACCCUGGCGGCUGGAUCACUCAGCAAAGGCGAAGAAGUGCCAUGUUCUGA